UUUCGAAAUAAUUUUAAAAAAUUUAGAAUUAUUCCACAAUGUAGCCAACAGUAUGUACUUUGCCAAAAGCACAAUGAUUCUAUUCUUGAACAAAAAAGAUUUAUUUGAGGAGAAAAUCAAAAAGCUAUCGCUCAGCAUUCUAUUCCUUUCUUAUGGUGGCGGAUUAAACUAUGAAGAAGGAAUCACUUUUCUCCGCAGCAGAUUCCAAAAUGUCUACAAAAACAAAUCAAAACUUUAUAUUCACGAAACUUGUGCUACAGAUACAAACCAAUUAGAUAUUGUUUUUAACUCUGUUCUUAAAACUAUUGUUAGCACUAAUUUGAAAGGAAUGGGAGUUUUGUGA